AAGAGAAAGAAGAUUUUGUCUUCAAAGUACAGUUAAGAAUUAUAAUCCGCGUGUGUGAGAGUAGAAGAGGGUCGGGAGACAAGUGAUUAUAUGGUUGAUAGCAGCCUCAUUUUAUUGGAACUCUUCAUACACAGUUAAACAGUCAUUAAAUUCUACAGUUGAAACAAGUGCAAGUGUACCGAGCAUAUCAGUUUUAUCGCGCAAUUAUUUUUUAAUUUUACAAUUAUUAAUAUUAUGGAACCACCGGAUUUUGUGAAAAAGCAACUGGACAUUUUUUUGAAAGAGAAAAAUCUUUUGAAUGGAAAAUUUCAAUUUUCAAAUGCCAGCAAGGAUGGUGAUAAUUUUUUGGGUACAUUAUAUCGUACGAAAAUUAACGCCGUCGAGAAUAAUGGUGAAAAUAAAGAAUUGCAUUUAGUUGUUAAAUGCUUUCCACUCGACGAAAGACUUCGAGGUUUUUCCAAAAUUGACGAUAUGUUUCUUAAUGAGAUUGCAUUUUACGAGGAGAGACUACCACUUUUUGUUAAAACACUUGGGGAAUUUAAAUUGACAAUAAGAGGUGUUCCUUUUUACUAUAAAGGUUGCAAAACACCACAAAAUGAGAUCCUGAUUUUAGAAGAUUUGAAACCUCAAGGAUUUGUGUUGAAGGAAACAAAAUUAUUGGACUAUCAACAUGCAAUUCUUGUAGCUGAACAACUUGGAAGAUUUCACGCCUACAGUUUUGCACUUCGGGACAAAAAGCCUGAAGAAUUUGAAAAUUUUCGAAAAAUUAAAGAGCCGUUAUUUUACGAGACAAAUUGUUACGCGCAACAAAUUGAUAUAAUCACUGAUGUUGCAAUUGAGGCUUUAAAAAAUGAAGCUGAACACUACAUUGAGAAAAUUAGGGAGUUGAAAAAAAAUAUGGAAAAAAUUAUUCAGUAUGCUUGUGAUGGUCGAAAUGCCGAACCUUACACCACUUUAAAUCAUGGUGACUUGUGGACACUUAAUAUGUUAUUCAAGUACAAUAAAAAAUCCGAACCGGAGGACAUUCGAUUUCUUGACUUUCAACUGCACAGAUUCAGUUCUCCGGCAAUGGAUAUUCUUUACACUUUCUUCACUUGUCUUACUGAGGAAGUGAGAGCAAAACACUACGAUGAAUUACUACAGCAUUAUCAUGAAUCGUUAUCUGAAUUAUUGACAAAAUUGAAUUGUGAUGUGGAGAAAUUGUUUCCAUUUGAAGUUCUCACGGAGCAUCUUAAACGAUUCGGUGGUUUUGGUGCUUGUGUUUUGCUCAUUGAUCUUCAUAUCAUAACUGCCCAAGAAGGCGAUAAUCCACAGCCUCUUUAUGAUCUCAAUUAUUUGAAAACUCUUCCUCAACUCUUGAAAACUAAUAAACUUUAUUACACUAUGAUGAGAGAUUCGCUGAAAUUUAUGAUCGACAGAAAUUAUUUAUAAUAUAUUUAUUUAACCCUUUUGUGCCCCCGAGAAACCCAGCGAAUGGAUUUUAUUGAAACUUAUUACUCAGGGGUUCUUUGGAGUCGCUGAUUACGAAUUUAAAGUCAGAUUUUCGAAAUUUUGAAAAUUCAAAAUGGCGGAUCCAAUAUGGCGGACGUUUUUUUUAAAUUG